AUGGAAAAGAACAAGUCCGUUUUGGUGCGUGUGGUGUUGCUCGACCGCGGCUCGUCCGAGGAGCGGCACGGAAUGGUCGAGCGGUCGCUGGUGUUGUCCAAGAAAAAGCUUGUGGCGGCGGUGUUCAACGAGAUCUAUGGGCAGAACAUCCUUGUGGACGAUGACUUCAUGGCCCAGUUGGUGGUGCAGCGCAAGUCGAAGAAACACAAGGGGUAUGUGACGUUGGACUCCGCCUCCGACUUUGACGACAUGAAGCGGAGCUUGCGUGUCAAAAGCCAUGUGCUGUUGGUUGUCAAGAGCCAUGUGGCAGGUAAGCGUCUCUCUGUGCCCAGAGGCGCUAGUGGCGGCGCCGAACAGACACCCGCUCCGAAAUAUGAGGAGUUUGACGACCCGCCCGUAGAGGAUCCUCCAUUCGAUGAUCCUCCUGUUGGCGAGCCCAACGUCUUUGCCAAUGACGGAACUGCAAAACCUGGCCCCCAGCUGCACUUCAAUGGCUCCAACGACACCGAGUUCCCUUACCAAGAACCAAUCGAGCAGUUGAAGGAUGCCAUUCAUGAGUUCCAGAACUCGGGCAUCUGGUUCGGUCUCCGUAAUCUUGCAGCAACGGCCGCCACCACGGCUGCCACCACUGCCGCUGCUAAUCAUGACUACAGACGUAAACGGGUGCAGAACUUGACCGAGGCGCUCAACGAGAACGCUGCCGCCAUUUCCCAUAUCUUGAAUGGCACCGCCUCGACCUUGGCCUCUGCAAUCAACCAAAACGCCUCGCUGCUUGCUGAGGCCAUCAACAAGUCGUGCGGCGCGGAGCCUCCUCGCGCUCCAGAGCCAACUGAUUCUGCACAACCUCAGAAUCCUCCAACCUCCUCUGGCCCCGAGGAAUGGCCUUUCAUCCCUCGCCAGUUCUGCACUGGUGCCAGAGCUAGAUCGUUUGGUUCCCAUCAUUCCCACACUGACUCUCAGGGAUGGUCAAUGCCAUCUCCUGGCUUCUGUAGCGGUGCUCAAGCUAGGGCUCAUGCUUCAGCCAACCCACAUGCCCCUCUGGGUUUCUGUCCAGGGUUUGUUCCAAGACAGCCAAUGUCCGGUGAACCAAACCCUUUCAUUGCAACACCUCACAGUCCUUCUGCUGCUGAACCAAACCCUCAAGCUCAGAAACUGCCAGUAGUGCAUGAGCAUGUCACUUGCGACACUUGUUACCCUGACACCGAAGGCGAGUUCAUUCGCGGAAUUAGAUACAAAUGUCUUAUGUGCCGCAACUACGAUAUGUGCUCUGCUUGUUAUCACGACGAGAAGAACUCCACUCAUACUGAAAUGCAUCCAAUGAUGGCCAUCCGCAAACACAAACCUCUCGUGUUUAAGGGGUGCUACAGAACUGCAAACUUUGCAGAUAAAUCUCUGUUGUCCAGUAUCAUCGAAGAUAACGCAACUUUCGACAAGAGAACUCCACUCUUGGAGCAGUUGAAAUCCCGUGGCUUAAACAAUUUCUUAGAUUACUGCAGCGAUUUGAUCGUGAAGGAUCUCGAACGUCGCUCAAACUCGAAUCCUACGACUUCGGCAGUGGAAGAGAAGACAGAGGCAACGAAACCUGUCGUCGCAGAAGAGAAGAAGGAAACUCCAGAACCCAUCGAGGCUUCAAAAACCAUCGUCGAGCAAAAGUCUGAUGUAAAUGAACAAGCCCCCACUGGUCACCCUGUUGACAUCUUCCUUUAUCCUACAGGCCCACAAUUGGCUAUAUUGAGAGUCACAAACAAAGGAAGUGAUGUGCUCGAAUGCGAUCCUCUUGAAUUCGAAUUGUCGAACUUCCUCGGCAGAUCGUUGACGAGCAAGCCUUUGAACAUCAAGAGAGGCAUCAGACCAAACAGAACGGUCACAUUCAACAUUCCAAUCAGCAGUGCCCACUUCAAGCACCCUUGCGUGGUAAGCUUGAAGAGUGGCACUUCUACUGGUAGAUGCGAUUUGAAGCAGGGUGUCUUUGUUGGCUCAAUUGAUUUGAAAUCCGAUCAAAAUGUGUCCAGCUUAGAGAAUUUCGUCUUGGAUAACGAAGCCAAAGAGGGGGAUAGCGAAACUAGAUCAACUAGCAAUUCUGAGGUGUUGGUUGAGAAAAAUGAAGAAACCGUUGAUGCCUCAGCCGAGACUACUGACGACACCGAGGAAGUAUUGACUGAAACGGUAGUUCCCGAACAAAGUUCACCAGACAACGAAGUAGAGCAAGCCAGAAAAGUGUCAGGACCUGUCGUUGCCUCUAAAGUUGCCGAGUUGGAGGCAUUGAACACUUCGCCACAAGAGUCUGUUCGUCACUCAGUGGUGUACCCCAAGCUCUGCACCUCAGUACCCUCAGUACAGAAACUUGAUCAAUCGACCGCGACCGAGGAAUCCUUGUAUUUCGAAUCCCGCUCCAGGCUUUCCAGCGCCGGUUCUCCCCAAGAAGAGGACUCCAAGCUCGGCCUCCAAGUGCAAAGCUUGAACUUGGCAGAUGACGACGACGACGACGACGACGCUGAAACGGAAGACUACGACAUGGUCAGCGUCAGCGACGCGGACGAAGAGACCGGCAGCGACUUCGGCUCCGACUACGAGGUGUUGUCGCCCGUAGUGUCUCACGAAGAGAAGUAA